AUGCUCAAUGACCAUGACCAAGUUCGUGUGACCAAGUGGUGAUAUUAUCACCAAUCUCCUUUGAUUUCUUCCCAAUAAGCUCUCGACUCACUCUAUAUAUACAUAAUGAGAUUCUUGGCCAUAAUCACCACCACAAACUUCUCUCUCUUUCUCAUAUUUGUUAAUCACAUACAAAAUUAUCUCCCUGUGCGUUCAUCUUCCCUUUUUUCUUCUUCUUCUUCUUCUUCUUCCUCCACCAUGAGGUCUCUGUGGCCGCUCGUGCUUCUGCUCUCGCUUCUCACAGGGAAACAAGUGGUCGGGGGCUCGAGUCGUGGGCACGGACAAGGCCACAGCCAUCACCACCACCACCACCACCACCACCACCACCACCACUCGCAUGUUAGCAACAGACAUGUCUACGCUUUCCAGCCGACAAAGCUGUUCGUGUUCGGGGACUCCUAUGCUGAUACUGGUAACAACAAUAAGUCCCUAGGCAGUUCUUGGAAGAUUCCUUAUGGCGUCACCUUCCCGGGCAAUCCCGCCGGCCGUUUCUCCGAUGGCCGUGUUCUGACCGACUUCUUGGCCAAGACUUUGGGACUGAAGUCUCCAAUACCGUACGAGUUGAGGAAGCUCAAUCCCGAGUACCUCGAGUACGGGAUGAACUUUGCCUAUGGAGGGACAGGCGUGUUCGAUACUCUAGCACCGUACCCAAACAUGACGGCUCAGAUCACUCUGUUCGAGCAGCUGCUCAAAGACAACACCUUCUCUGCCGCGGAUGUGAAUUCGUCUGCGACCCUCGUCACCCUCUCCGGCAACGACUACUCCUACUACAUCGCCAGGAACGGAACCCCCGGGCCGGCAUUUAUAACUGCGGUCGUUGUACAACUCGGCGUGAACCUGAGGCGCUUGUACGAGCUGGGCGCGAGGAAGGUGGUGGUGGCGGCACUCCAGCCCGUGGGAUGCCUUCCCUCAAACACGGCUGCAACCUCCUUCCAGAAGUGCAAUGAAACAGUGAACUCGCUUGUCGGCCUCCACAACCAGCUCCUCUACAAAGCCGUGGCUGAUCUGAACAAUCAGACCGCUUCCUCUACUUUCGUCAUUGCGGAUCUCUACAGCUCUUUCAUUGCAGUUCUUAACGGCACAGGAAAUUCGGAAUUCGAGAACCCGCUGAAGCCGUGCUGUGCGGGCACAAGUCAGGACUUCAACUGCGGGAGCACAGACGGGAACGGAACGAAGAUGUACACGGUUUGCGAGGAUCCGGAAUCGAGCUUCUUCUGGGACUUGAACCACCCAACCCAAGCAGGGUGGCGCGCUGUGUACUCGAAUCUCUCAGCCACUCUUGGACAACUCUAAAGCUGAUCUAGUAUCGUGAUGUAAUUUAGCAAUCAUAAUCAAAUUGUCAAGCUAGCUGAUGAUUUAAAUUCGAUUCGUUGGUUGUUCACGAUCUCCCUCUCUCGAUCCAUCUUCUCUAGUACAACGUCUUCGUUCAUAUGGUUAACAUAUGUAAUAAUUUGUUAAUUUGACAUUUUUUUUCCCUUUGUAUGUAAUAAUCUGUUAAGGUUCAUUGCC